UAAAUAGGGAGGAUAACAGCAGCAGGUCAACAUGAUCGAUCAGAGGAUAGAAAGCCGCAGGGUCAGUAGACUGUGACAUCGAGAGAGACACAGUUUGAUACCGAGACGUCGCGCUGGUCACUGACAGUGAGUCCGCUCCGUUCAGACGCUCCUCUCCGCGGACAUAAACAAACCCGGGACAGAAACAAACCGGGACACAGACCCUGAGCACAGGCAGCAGACAUGCCUGUGAAUAAGUCCCGGGUGGCGGUGGGGUUCGCGGUGGCCGGUGUCCUGGCCGUGGUGUUUGGGAUAGUCCUCACUUUUGUGGGGCCGCUGAUAAUCGACGACCAGAUCGUGAAGAACACAGUGAUCGACCCAAAGAAUGACCUGUCCUACACCAUGUGGAAGGACAUCCCUGUGCCGUUCUUCAUGUCGGUCUACUUCUUCAACAUCCUCAACCCCAAGGAGAUGCUGAAUGGAGAAAAGCCCAUGGUGGAGCAGCGAGGACCUUACGUGUACAGAAAACGCUGUCAGAAAGACAACAUCACAUUCCAUCCAAACGGCACAGUGUCAUACAUGGAAUACAGAACCUACUUCUUCGAGCCUUCCAUGUCUGUAGGGAACGAGUCCGACAUCGUAACGAUACCAAAUAUGUUGGUGCUGGGUGCAGCGGUGAUGAUGGAAAAACUCCCGUACGCAGUUCGUUUAAUGAUCAGCGCCACCUUCAAGACUUUCAAGGAAGGACCCUUCAUGACCAAGACCGUCGGGGAGCUGAUGUGGGGUUAUGACAGUGGACUGGUCGAUUUCCUUAAUAAAUAUCUACCCGGCAUGCUGCCCUCAACUGGAAAGUUUGGCCUUUUUGCCGAAUUCAACAACUCCAACACGGGUCUGUUCACCAUCUUCACCGGACAGGACGACAUCAAGAAUGUUCAUAAAGUUGAUUCCUGGAAUGGCCUGACUGAGCUGAGCUACUGGCAGAGCCCUCAGUCUAACAUGAUCAAUGGAACAGCUGGGCAGAUGUGGCCUCCGUUCAUGACCAAAGAAAGCACUCUGCCAUUCUACAGCCCUGACGCCUGCAGGUCUAUGGAGCUUGUUUACCAGCGUCCUGGUGUGAUGAAGGGAAUCCCUCUUUAUCGAUAUGUGGCACCCAAGACCCUGUUUGCCAAUGGGACAGACUACGCCCCCAACGAAGGCUUCUGCCCCUGUAGACAAUCUGGCUUGCUGAACGUCAGCAGCUGUCGACACAAAUCUCCGGUCUUCAUCUCUCAUCCUCACUUCUUUAAUGCUGAUCCUGUCCUCCUGGACUAUGUGGAUGGCCUCCAUCCCACUGAGGAGGAGCAUGGUCUCUUCAUCGACAUUCACCCACAAACCGGUGUCCCUCUCAAUGUGGCCAUCCGUCUGCAGCUCAACCUUUACAUGAAGAAAGUGCCCGGAAUUACAGAAACUGGCAAGAUUGCUGAGGUGGUGAUGCCCAUGAUCUGGUUUGAGGAGAGUGGAUAUAUAGACGGGCCUAUCCUCAAAACGUUCCACACAAGCCUGGUCAUUCUUCCUGCUGUGAUGGAGUACAUGCAGUACGGCUUCAUAGCGCUCGGCCUGGCAACGAUAAUAAUCGCCGCCCUGGUGCAUCAUAGAGUGCGGAGAAAUAAACGUGAAGGUGGCACCACACCAAAUGCCCCAAUAAGCACUUCCGGCGAAGAGAGAGACCCUCUACUACAGGAUGAAAUGGACUGACAUACAGGCGCACACACACAUAAACAAACACACAAACACACACAGAGGAUGUUGUGGACUUGCUGAAGGCCAACAUCAUUCCAGAUGUUGAAUUGAAACGCUGCCACAAGGAUCUCUACUCCGUAUACUCUAAUGAGACGUGCACAAGUUCACUUGUGCCGUUUUUUUCCUGCACUGUAAAGUUGAUGAAACUCUCAGCCAAAGACUCCUCUUGUCUUUAUUUUAUGCAUUUGUGUUGAGGCUGUUGGAGUUGAGACUGUUUGUCUGUUCAGGCAGAGCGAGUGAAGACACUGUUGUGUCUGAACAAAACACUUUUUUCUACAAAUAACUAACCAAACAAACUCUUUAUUUCCAGUGAAAUGUGACAGAUGUGAACAUGCUCAGGCUCAGCUUGGGGUCUGACGAUUAUCAGUGUUGAUCUGAAAAUGUCCUCAUCAUCCCUUUCAUCAGGAGCAAUAUAAACAGUUACUGUGGUGGCUGUUAUUUUACCUCUCUAUUUGAAAGAAAUGGUUCUGUAGUAACAACCAGGGAACUAAUGACCUGCAAGUGUGUAUCACACACUCUAACCAUCGGUGGGUCAAGCUGAGCACUUUUUGUAUCCUACUGCCUUCUGUAAAGAUGUGAAUGUUUCUUCAUGAAACUGAUGUGAAUGACUCCAUCAUAAAUAAAUCAGGUAAUAAAUGUGCCUUUGUUUGAAAAUCAAAA